AUGAGACUUUCACUUUCGCUUCUCAGUGCCUUGCUGCUGCCCCUUCUUUCUACCGCUUCACCCACCCCGACCCUUUCUCCAGCACUUUCCGCUCGAGCUGCCAUCACUUCACUGCCCUCCGCUACUGCGGCGCCUAUUCGCCGCGAUGAUAACUUCGAACUGAGUCUGCCACCUCUCACAUUAAACAUCCCUACAAUAUCAAUCGCAAAGCCGUCAAUAGCAUCUUUCUCCCUGAACCUCCCGCCUCAAACCUGCACGCCUGGAUUCGCCUCAUACGCAACUCCCGGCAUCGAUGGCUACGUUCCUGCGGGUGCAUGCAAUGCGCUGUGGGUGUACUUCCCGAACUUCGCGGCGGCGGUGGCUUUCUCCAUUCUGUUUGGCAUUCUCACGAUCGCACAUCUGAGUCAAGCCAUCACGUAUCGCAAUGGAUACUGCUGGGUCAUCAUCAUAGCCUCUCUUUGGGAGACUGGCGCCUAUGCUUUCCGCGCUCUUGGUUCAAAGGAUCAGCAGUCCUCGGGUAUCGCGACUGUUGCUCAGAUCUUGGUCUUGGUAGCUCCCAUCUGGGUUAACGCUUUCGCAUACAUGGUUUUCGCCCGCAUCGUCCAUUUCUAUUCGCCCACUCGCAAAGUCUGGUUCUUUUCGCCUUCCAUUCUCGCUCUUAUCUUCGUCACUCUCGAUAUUAUUUCGUUCAUCAUCCAGCUCGUCGGCGGUGGAAUGGCCGGCCCAGGCUCAACUCCAGAUUCACAAAAGAAGGGCCUGAACAUCUACAUGGGCGGUAUUGGCAUGCAGGAGGGCUUCAUUAUUCUGUUCUUGGGCUUGGUUAUCAAAUUUCACCGGGAUCAGCUCCAGGCAGAAUCAAUCGGACGUCUAGCUGAGAAUAAGAUUGCUGGCUGGAGGUGGAUGAUAUACGCGCUGUACGGGUGCUUACUGGCUAUCACCAUCCGCAUCAUCUACCGUCUCGCGGAGUUCUCCGGUGGUCUGGGCCAUAGCAACCCUCUUCCGAGUGACGAGCCCCUCCUAUACGUUCUGGAGUCGGCGCCAAUGUGGCUGGCCAUUCUGGUGUGGAACAUAGUCCACCCUGGUCGCUUCAUUCACGGCGAAGACGCCAAAAUGCCGCCCUCCUGGUUGUAUCGCCAUUUCUGCUGCUGCUAUCACAAACGUCGCUGCAACGACUGCAAUAGUAACCUUGGCCAUGCCGGAGCUCACCAACGCUUGGUAGACAAUCCGGAACUGGGGGAACACCAAGAAUUGCAUCCUAUGAUGAAGACUAGGUAG